AUGCUGCACACAACAGAGGAGGCACUUCGCGAUCAUUUCAAUCGGGCUAUAGGUGCAUGUGACGCCGUGGAACGAGUUAAGAAAAUACGUGACUACGCAUUUGUACACUUUCGCGACCGAAUCCAAGCCAAUACUGCGCUACGGCAGCUAGACGGCACAGUUUUUGAAGGUUCACAGAUAGAAGUGACCUGGGCAAAACCUGUCGACAAAAAUGACAGCGUCCGUAUCAGUAGAACGAACAGUUCGACGGUGAACAAUUUACUCAGUAGACUUCAAUGUGGCUUGAGUAAUCAGGUUCUACCAUCAACUUUGAUACAACCUGUUGGAAUAACAAACUUUACAAACUUGAAUUUGAUGGACAUCACAUCAUCAAAAGCUAAGUUAAAAACGCCCGUGUCUAACUGCCACGAUUCAUCAGCUCUGAAGCUGUUCAACUCCGGGAGCAGCGCGAAUCUGAUACCUCAAAUGUCACCACUAAGCGUUGGCUUCAAAUCUGCAGAAUUCCAGCCAUUGGGAAAAACGGGAAACAUUUCUGGCACAAUGAAUGGGACGCAGCUGAAAAAUAUAUGUUUGGGAAAAGGAUUUGGACUACCGAAGAUCGUCGUGCAUGCACACGAGCCGGGCAGUCACUUGACCGGGGAACAGAACACUCUGUACACGGCGCAGGUACUAAUUCCUGGACUGCAUCGUCAAUUUGUCUCGCCCCUUGUGUUCGUCAGUCCGGAAGAAGCCAUGAAACAUGUCGCUGGAGCCACAUCCCAGUGGCUUUUGUCGCAGUGCUGCAUCAUUCGACCAACUAUUGAGGAGCUUUCCUUGGGGUCCGUAUCGUCAGUACAAUCUACUAACUGCAAGGUACCAGAGUUAUUCAAAAAUCCCUGGGACGUUUCGCAUCCUCUGUUGGCAUCCACCAUUACAAGCGAAGACGCUCAAAACUUGCCACAGUAUAAUAGCUUAGGCAAAUCAUCUUCAAUUACCAAAUGGACGCAUAAAAUGUCGACACAAUACACGACAUUGGAUCCUGCCAGCCCUAGCGAGGGGCGUCAAACAAGCAUUUGUAACACUCAAUCACUGACUGAUCUUGUAGCCCGUGGUGAAGGUCAGAGGGAUAUUGUGCACCCACAGGGUGAUCCAGCAGCUUGGAAGGUGCAGUCCUGUACUUUAAGUUUGGAUCCAGGUCCAGAAAUGCUUGGAUUAGCCACACAAGCUUCGACGAGGUACAGACUUCAAGAAUCCCUGAAUGACAUGCAGUGGCGGGAUGGCACGUCCAUCUCCAUCGACGCAUAUGCUCAUCCACAAGUUUGUGUGGGAUGCAACGGCGAUGUUGGACGGAUGAUAGACGACGAAAAUUUGAUAAAAGAAAAGCUAGGCCGCUGCUAUUGUCUGAAAGCUACCUUGGAUGAUUUGGACUCUGGGAAAGUUCCACUGUCCUUACAGGCUGAAUCCAGCCUACGUUACGAUGAGGAAGUGGACAAGGUUCUAACACCACUAGGCGCUCGGGUACCUCUGGAACAAGCAAACGAAAAUCUAGCACCUCACAAGGACACUACAGUGACGGUGAAACAUAUUUCACCCGGGCCACUGUCAUCUAAUGGGGAAAAGGAGUUUGGAUUGUUAACUAAUGAAUUACGCUGUCCGGGCAGAAAUGUCUCAAUUAAUAACGCUUCUAAUUUUAAUUAUCAGAGCUUUCGACAAACCAACAAUGCUCUGAGCCUUGAACAAAUGGUCAGCCGCUUGUCUAACUUGGGAAAACCAGUAUUGGAGCACACGUACUCACAACAAGGUCUGAGUGAUUCAUUCGCUCGCAUGUAUGUGAAACUGGACAAUCAAGAUUUCAAAAGUAAUCGCUCGACAGAAUCUAAACGGAUGAGUGGUGGUCGAUGUCAUCUUUGCUUGCAGUCAUCUUCUGAAAUCCACUGAAGGCAAAUAGGUCAACCUGAGCACAACAAAGGGCCUUGGAAUGUUGGCCAAUUGAUGAAAAAGCGCUUACAAUCAGAGUUUUAUUAAUGAGGGUGGUGGAUCAAAGUUUCCAAUUAAUUAGGUAUUGAAAAGUUGUUAUUUGAAAGUUCUCUCCGUUUCAUAUGAAACUCCAGCGACGAAUCAAAUACUUUGUUUUAGGACAAACUUAACUAUUUUCAUUGAGCAGAACGACAUAGUCGCAUUUCAGUUUCUAAUAACCUUUCCUUGCCCAUGAAUCCCUGCACUCUAAUCGCACACAAUUUCACCAUCGAUCCACAGAUACCUCACGUGGCUCACAUGCUUUUAAUCGGCAAAACAUUGAAAAAACAUUUUCCCUAACAGAAUCUGCGGAAGAAGUAAUCGAUUUAACCCGAUUACAUUGUUCUCAAAGUUUCUUGAAAACAAAUCAACACGCCGCGGAGUAAAUCAAUGAACUUCAAAAAGAUGAACGACAGAACAAGCAUGAUCAUGACCUCCUUGUCCCAUCUAUGGCAUCCUCUAUGGAGAGACCGGCACACACAAGUCCAGUUUCCUUUUCCGCUUACAAUCAACCACAGAAGAACUCCUUUCUCGUUCGUUUAAGGCACCCAAACUUCGUCAUUCUUCUCUUUUAUAAUUAUGAGAUAAAUGCGAGCAAUGGUAAUUUAGGACUAAUUAGGCAUCACUGUCCUUUGUUUUUGCAUUUCCAUUGUACGGUUUUAAGUUCGAGGCGGCCAGCCAUAAGGUGUUUCACUGACAAAAGUAUCAUCGUUUUUUUUUCUUUGGUAUCUGUCAGUAGCAGAAUCCGCAAGGUCUAGAAAGCUCCAGUACUAACCACUAAGUUGCUUUUGUUCCGCUCAACUCAGCUGCUGUGAGUCGCUCAUCAGGUGAAUAACUUGCAUUUAUUCAAACAACCAUAUUUGAAUUCGACAAUGCUUCGUUUGAAAUUGUUUCUUCUGAUUCAAUUUUGACGGAACUUCAAAACGCGUUGACAUGUUCACUAUUUGUCUUACAAGAUUAUGUACUUAAGAUCAGCCUUCAUCCAAUGUGAUGGCGCUUCAUGUUGAUCAAGGUGAUAGAAAUACAGGUCUGGAAAGAGUAGCGCGCUUGAGGUAUUUUUAUCGGUGCUUUAGUGUACAGCCGUCCCAAUAAUGAGUAGGUUGAUUUGCCUCUUAGGCACCUUUUACGUUUCUUAUGAAACCAUCUUACCUCGUUAGCUGACAAUAGCUUUUGGGGACGUAUUAUCACCAUUCAUUAUUCAGCACAUCAACUAAAGAUAACACACAAAUUCUUUAUUGUUCUUCAACGC